AAUGACUUCUGGUAAAGGUGGAGCUUGAGAGGUGGUGGUUAAUGAGCUGAGGGAUUCAGAUGGGUAGGAAGAAAGAAAAGUACUUUUAAACCUUGUGGAUUAAUGCAGAUAGGAUGGGCUCAAUGAUGGGAUAGAGACGAAAACAGGGUCACGGUGGGAAUCAAUGUGAAUAGGUUACUUACAUCCCUCAGCAGAACUAAUAAUUCGCUUCCACUUUAAACCAGUUAUUUCAACAGCAAAAUUAACACAAAAGGGCCAAGUAUGAAAUACAUGUGUACAUAUAAUAUAUUUAUGGUAUUGUCAGAAUCUUUAUGAAAUUGACUGAGAACACUAUAGAUAUGCUCAACAGUGGUAGGUGUAUCCUAUGUUUUGGUGAUAUUAAUAAUUAAAUUAAGUCAAUGCAGUUGUCCCGAGUAUAGGCUACAUCAUUCACAAGAAUAUCGAUAUAACAUAUACGAAAAAUAAUUAAACAACUCUACAGUUUAAACUAAGUGUUAGGUAUAAACCCACUAGACCUUCAGAAAUGCAAGCGGUUCGUUUAUCUAAUGAAGGCUGACGUUCUGUCCAAGCCUGCCUCUCCCGGAAGUAGGAAGCUUUCUCUAUCUACCGGCUUCUUCAUUUUGACAGCGCAUCCCAUGGUAGCACUUUUUUUUUCCGAAGACAUAAGACAUGUUCCUGCUGUUGGUGGGUGCUCUCCUGCUGCUCUUCUGCACAGUAGAUGUUUGGUACUUCCUGCGAGGGGCCCAAGUUUUUUUCCAGGCAUGGUUUCAACCCCGAAUAGGGGAUAUUAUGGCCGAACAAAGUGUGGAUGGUCAGGUCCUGCCCCACGACCUGGACUACAUGGGCCACAUGAAUAACUCCCGCUACCUGAGGGAGUGUGACUUUGCCAGGUUCCACCAUUACAUGCGAAAUGGGCUGUUCAUGGCCUCACACAGGCUGGGGGCGCGGAUGGUGGUGGGGGCCUCCACUAUCCGUUAUCGGCGCUCGUUGGCGUUCCGCGAGCCCUUUGAGAUCCGGACCAAAGUUAUUGGCUGGGAUGAGAAGGCCUUUUAUUUGGAACAGCGCUUUGUGUCUAAGAGGGACGGCUUCAUCUCAGCGGUCAUGCUCUGCAGGCAGAACGUGGUGCGCUGCAGCCCCGAGCAAAUCAUAGAGUUUGUGUGCAAAAGAAAGAUCACAUGUCCAGAGUUUCCUGAGGACCUCAAACACUGGCUAGACUACAUCUCAGCCAGCAGCCAGGCUCUCAGAGCAGAGAGCGGCCUGGAGAAGAAAGACGAGUGAGUCUCGUCCCGAGGACAGGAAGCCUCAUUCCCAGCAUAUUGUUUGCACACUGACGUGAAUACGCACAUGCAAUGAAACAUUCUCAUUCUAGGAAAGUAUGUAGUUAAGUUGCUAUAUAUAUAAUUCAUUUGUUUUUCACCCAAUGAUGUAUGAUCCUUUUUAAUUUUAAUUUAUUCCAUAUUAUUAAAUGACUGUCUUGACUGAGUAUUGAAGAAGGCCAAAAGUAAAGACUUCCUUAAGGAACCAAAAGUAUAAGGAAUGCAAGAAUGAUUGCAGAAAACAGGGGAUGUUUAGCAUUUUGUAUCAUCAUGGCUUUAGAUACGCAUGUGGAACCUUAGAUAUCAAUGACAUCAAUGCAUGUUUUCAUACAAAGGGAAUGAUUUAUUUGUGCCUGUUUCCCACGAGUAGCGGAAGAUAUCCAAAUUUACGAUAACCAUUCAUACUAGAAAAAAAAAUGUCUUUUUUUCAAAUAUUGGGGUGUGAUCUGAUACUUGAAGUACCUAAUAUGUUUAUAUAGACACUUUCCUUUUACAGUUUGCACACGUUAUCCCACGGUGAAAGACUGCACUUUGUGAGUUAUCUUGAGGGAUUGUUUAAUAGAUUAGGUUUAAGAUGAAUACACAAAAGGGUAUUUAAGCACAGGUUGUGUGAAGGAGCUUGACUAUCAAUCAGCUGGAUCUGUCGAUGCAUAAAACUGGAACACGUUAAGAUGUUAUAUUAAUGCAUAUUUUACGGUUACUUAAAUGAUAAAUUUAUACAAUCUCGAGCCUGACAACUUUUUUUGUGACCAAAAUAAUGUAUCAUUCCUCAUGAAAGAAUCAUCUGUAUUUCUAUCCCAUAUUAUAUGUAUGUUUGUCUUAUCUGUUCAUAUUCAUGAGUUUACUGAGUGCAGCUUGUUUAAAUUCUGAGAGGGGGAAUGUGGAAAUAAUUGUAUUUUUGAUUGUUAUUUAUUGAUAAAUUAUUCAGAGAUCCAAAUAUAGGAUUAUACGGUGUAUGCUCAUUAUUAAAAUGCCUUUUAAAUGCUUUACCAGUUGGUUGUGUUCUUUGGGCCUCAGGUGUAUACUGUAUAGGUGUGGCCUUUGGUGUGCAUCUUAGGGUUUUAAUUUUGAGUGGCAUGAAUAAAAAGUGAAAACAUGUUUCCUUUAUUCAAACUUCUCUUACCCUUUGUACAUGGAUUAAUGUCUCCAUCUA